AUGUGGCUGCUGCUGAUGCUCGAAGGGGAGCUGCUGAUGCUCGGCGACUUUGUGCUCGUCGCUCUCCUCGCCGACUUCCUCUCGCUCUACGCGGAGGCCGUCAAGGAGGGCGGCCUCGAGGCAAACGUCUCGCUCAACGGCGCAGAGAUGGCCUAG